ACUGCACCGGUUUUGGUGUUUUGUUCUUGUUCUACCGGUAACAGGAGGAGGAGGGGGCUGGUUGCGUUUUUCAAUAUUUGACUGGAGAAGCGAAAAAGGAUUUCUACUACGAUCGCAAUACGACUGGACUGAGGUGCGAGAACAAAGGCUGAGAGACCGAUCGAUCGAUGGCGCCUUCACACGACGACAAGGCGGUGUCGGAAGUCAGAGAUGGGUCGGCAGCCAAGCGCCCUAUCUCCAAUAUUCUCUUCGUAAUCGCAAUGCAAACUGAGGCGUCUCCUCUGGUGGAAAAGUUUCAGCUAACCGAGCAGCCUGAUUCUGUGUUUCCAGAGGGAGUUUCAUGGGUGAGAUACUCUGGGAAAUACAACGAUUUGAACAUCGACAUUGUUUGUCCUGGAAAAGACAAAACUUUGGGGGUUGAUUGCGUAGGCACAGUUUCUGCAGCUCUCCUGACUUAUGCUUCUAUACAAGCAUUGCGCCCAGACCUUAUCAUUAAUGCAGGAACUGCUGGAGGAUUCAAGGCAAAAGGUGCAUCGAUUGGUGAUGUAUUUCUCGUUUCUGAUGUUGCUUUCCAUGACAGAAGAAUUCCUAUUCCUGUCUUUGACCUUUAUGGUGUUGGAGCACGGGAAAUGUACUCCACUCCAAAUCUUGCGAAGGAGCUGAGUUUGAAGGUUUGCAAACUGUCUACUGGGGAUUCCUUGGAUAUGACUCCAGAAGAUGAAGCCUCAAUUCUUGCUAAUAAUGCAACUGUGAAGGACAUGGAGGGAGCUGCUGUUGCUUAUGUGGCAGAUCUCUUCAAAGUGCCUGCUAUAUUGUUGAAAGCCGUGACAGAUCUUAUUGAUGGUGAAAAGCCAACAGCUGAAGAGUUUCUCCAAAAUUUGGCUUCAGUCACUUCUGCCCUUGAUCAAACAACUACACAAGUUGUAGAUUUCAUAAGCGGAAAGUGCUGUGCAGAUCUGUAAGCCUCCUUUAUAUAUCUGCUUAAAACAAAUAACUUUUUCCCCCUGAUUAUGUUCUGCUACUCUUCAAGUGCUACAGAUAAUGCAUUAUCUUGAUAUUUUGAUUGCAAUGGAUUUUCCACAUCAUGUACAACCUUAACCUUGGCUGUACAUUUCUUGUUCUUAAUGGUAUUUCUAGUAUUUGUAUAUUUUGGCCAUCUAAAGUCAAAAGCUGAAUGCGGUUAGGGAUCAAUGCAUGUCAUUUGACCUGGUAUUACAUUUUAAGAUUCUUACAUUAAAAUUCACUUUGUCAACCUACUGCCUGUUAAGGUUUCUUCUUCUGAUUCGAUCUAGUCUAAGAGUUGAUACUGUUUGAGACUAUGCAAUUUUCGACCUAACUUUUAUUGAGUUCUCAAGUAGAUCACAUUCUCCUUCUGACAAGUACAUUUAGGUUGCUAUCCCUUCAGGAUUAGGACUUGUAAUCACAAUAGACCAAAGUUUUUGUUAAUUUUGGAUUGUAACAUGAUGUGCUUACCCUUACCAGAACAGGACUAGGUUAGCAGAAGAGAAAAAUACAGUCAUCUAUUACUUUCCUUGAUCACAGUUUUAACAUUAUAAACUCCACUCUGCGAAAAUAAAUAGGGAAACAACAAUAAUACAAGAGAGAAUACGAAAGAUGAGAAAAGAAUAUGAUGCAAUAAGGAGACAUAUAGGUUUCAGUAGUUGGGAGUUGAUUAGGGUUGUGUAAUUAUGGGCAUUUGCGCUUGUUGUUACGGGUAGUCAUGUUAGCAUAGCAAGGGCAGAGGUCUAAGUUGCCAUAGGUGCCCGGAGGCACACACUUGCAUCUCAUACAGCAAGUCCCGCACGCCCUCUUGCACAGCCUUGGCCUGCUAGAUAGCCUACACCGUGCUGCACAAGCUCUUCCACAAUCUGUUUGUUGGAAACACAUGUACAAUUGUGAAGCGAGCAAACAACAUAAGCACUACCUGGUAACAAGUAGAUUAUUUCUGUGCCUGUUUUUUUAUGUUUACCUGGUUCAGGACUGUAUGAACUCUCUGAGACAACAUUGCUAGCCUGAAAUGUAGAUAUUGUAAUCAUUAGUGUUUUAAAGCAUAAUGAAUUAGAGUUGAGGUGUGAUGAAUUAUUAUUAUUACCUCUUGUUUGAUUUGGACAGCAUGGACUUGAUGAUGUAGGAUCACUAGAAGAAUAAAGAUGGGGGCAAUAACAACUUUAGGAAAAGCCAUCAUCGAAUGGAUGGAUGAAAAUAUAGAAAAUAUUUGUAAUGAUGAGGGAUGGAUGGGAAAUGAAUCCAAUAUGGUUACCUUAUAUAUAUAUAGCGUUUUUGGAAGCAGCCUGAAUUUGAAUGGAGGUACAGAAAUGGUGGGUGGGUGGGUGGGUGAUAUGCAGACAGGCAGUGGUAGUGGAUACAGUCAUUCAAGUCAAGGAAAGCAAAAUGUGAGUUUGCAUUGCAUGCUAAUAAUCGAAUAAUUUGGUAAGGCAGGCAGAGAUGGAAAAGGAAAGGCUUUGUCUGCUGCUACCACACUACAGAAAAGAAGAGAGAGAGAGAGAGAGGGGAAUAAUUAAGUAGCAACUACUACAUGUAUUUUUGGCCAAAUAUUGGCCCCGGUUACCACCUUCCUUCUAACGUUCGGUUUCUUAGUACAAUACGCUCCAAUGGGUGUGUAUUAUUGAUACACUUGUUACCUAGUCGAAUCAAAUAAAAUUUUAAGUAA